AUGGAUACUGUGGCUCUCACCGUCAGCUCACUUGUACAUCAGGCUGAGACUUUUACAUUUCCGGUUGUCCGUAGCAAGUCUUUGGCAGUCACUGUCGCCGUAGGUAUUCCCCUCGCGGUGCUCCUGCAUGACACGGCAGACCGCUGGCUGCCAAAAACGUGGGAAAUACCCAUCAUCUCUUGGUUUCGCCGCAAGUGGCGUCAGGACCCCGAGACGAAGGUGGUGCACCUGGCGCUGGCUCGCAACGCCGUUCUAUUUUUUUUUGUAGCCAUGGCAUUGAGCGAGAGCCCGUACUAUCAGACGCCCGUCGACUACGUGUCAGACCGUGUCUCCAGUUCCUCCGCGCGCAAGGCCUUGGAUGAGGAGAUAAAGACAUCUCGACGAGUCGCAUUUGGAGCCGCCAACGACGUCGUGGGAGAAGAAGGACUUAACGAGGCGAGCGUCCGCCAGCAGCGGGACACGGCGCUCCGUCGUCGUUUUGUACAUGAAAUCCGCUCCGAGAACUAG